CAGUGUUUUCGUUAGCGCCUUCAGGUAUAGGGUGUGGAGCAGGGAGGCGGAAAACACGUAGACAUGGGACAUCUUUCUGUAGAGUAAACGUGGACGGUUUGAACGUGAGGGAUGAAGAUGACAUAAAAAAAAAAAGCAGUCGGAUUAUAGUCAAUAUGGGCGUGUGCUGUCGGAGUCUGAAGGAUGCCAAGGUCCUGAUGAAGAUGGGUUUGGGCCUGGUGCUGGUGGGUCACCUGAACUUCCUGUUGGGGGCGCUGGUGCACGGCACCGUGCUGCGUAACGUCAACGUGAACCUUCAUACCACCACCAUCGAGUACGCCAUCGCCAACGUCAUCGCCCUCGCCGCCGGCCUCGUGGCGGUUAUAGGUGGGAUCUCAGCCAUCACGCUGUCUAAAAACAUGAAGAACCAGCCCUUGAAAUGGUCGUUGCUGGUGGUGAGCCUCGUGACCUGCUUUCUCGGCACAGCCUCCGUCGUCAGUGUCCUGGUCGCCGUGCUUACGGCCAUCAACUUCGACGGCUUGAACCUGCUCAGCCAGUGCAUGCUGAACAGCACCUUCAACACGUACAGCAUAACCAACGAGUGUCCGUUCGACCCCACGCGCGUUUACGGGACGACCCUGACCCUGUGGAUUCUGCUCAUCAUCAUGUCGGUGGUGGAGGUGGUGUUCUCGGCUCGCUGUUUUGCAGCCUGCACCGCCUUCCUGCGUCUCCCGUGCCCCUGGAGGAGGAGACCGAAAAAAUCCAGGGUACGUUUCCGUGCGCCGAAGAACUCCCCUCCGUCGUCACCGGUCCGCUCCCCGGGUGAGGAGUUUCCCGCAGAGCAGCAUGACCUUCUGAGCAUCGCCUCACCCACUGAGGAAAACAGCUGGAUGUGAGCCGAGCUUGAGCCGUGAGCCGCCUCGCCUUCACCUUCCUGUGUACGUACAGUCGGGCACAAAUGUCUUAGUCCAGCACCAGGAACCAAUCAGAAUCCAGAAUUUAACAGCGCUGUGGCGUGGAACUAUGUACAGGAGUGUAAAGGUUACUGUUUGAGAAAAAUAUAUAUGCGGGGGGGAAAAAAAUUAAUUAUUCAAAUGUAUAUGAUACUGAAAUGGAUUUUAAUUUCUUAUGAGAAUUACUCUAACAGCUAAAGAUGGGAAAUGAAGUAAAGUAUGAAAUAUAUCGAGUUCUUGAUGCUGGACUUGGUGCUCCGUUAAUAUUGGCACCCUUGGUAAAUAUGAGCAAAGAAAACUGUGAAAAUUUGUCUUUAUUAUUUAACCUUUUGUUAAAAAAAUUCACAAAAAUACUCUGCUCUCAUGGAUAUCAAACAAUCACAAGUGCAACACAGCUUUAUCCAGGGGGGGAAAAAUCUUUGUUAAAUAUAAGUGUGCAACAAUUAUUGGCACCCUGUUAGUCAGUACUUUGUGCUAGCUCCCUUUUCCAAGAUACCAGCUCUGAGUCUUCUCCUAUAACGCCUGAUGAGGUUGGAGAAUACAUGGCGAGGGAUCUGAGACCGUUCCUCCAUACAGAACCUCUCCAGAUCCUUCACAUUUCCAGGUCCACGCUGGUGGACUCUCCUCUUCAGUUCACCCCACAGGGUGCUCACAUCUGCUCACGUGUACGAUUUUAAAAUGUAAUGUCUAGGAUACGAUAAAUCUAUUAAUACACGUUAUUAAAGAUUUCCUUUCUCCAACAUCAGCCUUUUAUUUCUUUUUAGACUUUUCUAGUCCAAAUUUUCACACGUGCAUUGCUGUCACCCAAAACACACUUGCAUGCUACACAGGUCAAUAUUCUUGCAACCACAGGAAAGACACCAGUGCGUGGUGCGCAAUUAAAUCACUGUUUUUGAUGUUUGGGGAAUAAAAUGACGUAAACGUCUUCUAUAGAGUAAGUGUUUGUGUUUUAUAAAAAUGGAGAAGAUACUUAAAUAGGCCGUAGUGGUAUUUUUUCGGCACUAGGUGUCAGUAGUGGGCAUGUAAAAAAUAUAUAUAUGCGCGUGUGUGUGUGUGUGUGUGUGUAUAUAUAUAUAUAUAUAUAUAUA